GCUUCCGCUUCCGGUCCAGGGGCCGCCGAAACCGAAAGUGCGGUGUUUUUAGGCGCCCCACUGAGAUUGAUUCACCUUCACCUGUGCGAGCCCUAGUUGACCAGGUAGGAAACCAGACAGGCAGUAAAAUAUGAACGGAAGAGUGGAUUGUUUGGUCACUGAGGAAGAGGAAGAGAUCAAUCUUACCCGAGGACCCUCAGGGCUGGGCUUCAACAUCGUCGGUGGGACAGAUCAGCAGUAUGUCUCCAACGACAGUGGCAUCUACGUCAGCCGCAUCAAAGAGAAUGGGGCUGCGGCCCUGGAUGGGCGGCUCCAGGAGGGUGAUAAGAUCCUUUCGGUAAAUGGCCAAGACCUAAAGAACCUGCUGCACCAGGAUGCUGUAAACCUCUUUCGUAAUGCAGGCUACGCUGUAUCCCUAAGAGUACAGCACAGGUUACAGGUGCAAAAUGGGCCCCUCGGACAUCGAGGCGAAGGGGAGCCGAGCGGCAUUCCCAUGCCUGUGGUGCUGGUGCCACUGUUUGCCCUCACCAUGGUGGCAGCCUGGGCCUUCAUGCGAUACCGGCAACAACUUUGAACAGCUCGCUUCCUUCCAGAGCUCCUGAUGAAGAGAACAUUUCUUCCUUUCUCUCCUCCUCCUCCUCCCCUGCCAUUCUCCCGUCUCUUGCCCUCUCUCUGCAUAGCUCACACAUGAUUUAAAGAGACUGCUUCCCAACCAGAACCUGGCUCUUCAAAAUCUUCAAGUCCUCGUAUUCUGAUGGGAGAGUAGAGGCAUUGUUUGAAGGAAAGCUGAAGAAAGACUUGCUUAGGACAAAUGAGGAGUCAUAUGUUUUACUAGGACCGCCAAUAGAAUCAGCUACAACCAAAGAGGGAAAAGUCCAGUCUUGCCGCACCAUGGUGAUACCUGUUUUCUUAGCUGGCUUGCCUCAGAGGCCAGCUGUGCGAUAUAAGAGGAAGAGAGGAUUUUUCUUUCUAAUGAUCUUCCUUGGGAAAUUUUUUGGCCUUUAUUUACUUUCUAAUGACAUACUUGGGUGCCUAUAUCAAACAAAAUACAAUGAGGAGACCAUUUUUACUUUUUAGAAGAUAUAUAUAUAUAUAUAUAUAUAUAUGUAUAUGUAUAUAUAUAUACACACAUAUGUGUAUAUAUACAUAUACAUAUAUAUAUUUACACAUGUAUACACAUAUGUGCAUAAAUGAUAGUAUAAUAGUGAAGCCUUAUGGAGAGUUAAAGAGGUAGAAACCUGCUCUGGUUUCUAGAUUUCUGGUGGAAGGGGUGAUCUUAAUUGCGGGAGUAAGAGAGUGAACCUGACAGGAUGCCCAGUUUGAGUCAUAAGAAAAAGGAAGGAAAACUGAAGCAACUAGUUUAAAAUCUUAGAAUUCUUAUUUCUCAUAACAUUUAAGGUGAAGUUGAGGCAAAAUGCCAUAAUCCAGCUUAGCGCAAGUCAAUCUGUCGGAAAACCUUUGAGGUUUAGAGAUAAAUCUUACCAAUCUCCGGCCUACUUAGUGACUUUUUGGAUACCUCACAGCCUGUGAAAGGAUCAGCUGGAAUGAUUGUGGUCAGAGCUGUAGUGACAGGACAAAACAACCCAGUGAAAACUCCACAAAGGAAAAAGAUGGUGCCUCCAAGGUGGUGCCUGAAUCCCCCAGACUGCCAACACGUCCCCCAGGGCUAGUAACAGGCAAACUCUGAGUGAGGGAACUGCUCUUGGUCGGGUGGGCAUGAAACCAGUUUUGCUUCUGAUUCAGUUCCGUUUAGAGAGUUUGGAUUGCUAGUUUGUAAUUAUUAUUAUUUAUUUUUUUUUGAAGAAAAAAAAACACCCAUGAAACACUGGUUAUGGUUUUAAUGAAUGAACCAGUUUGCAGGGAAGGGGAAGAAAAGAGUUGUGUUUGUUUUAGGGGGGAGGGGACUUUCAUAGGGAAACCUUGAGAGCAAGAUGCAGGUGAAUGGAUGCUGGGGAAUACUGAGGUUAAUAAUGAGGUGGGAACCGUCCUGUGGAAGUGGUAUUGAAGAGUGGUUUUAAAGCAUUAAGGAGAGCUGAACCAAGACUAAUUUUCUGGCUUUAAGAAAAACAUUUCCAUCUUUCAAACAUAUCCGCUAGACUGUAGGCCUUAUACAUACAAUCUUGACAACAAGAAUGUGAGGACUUCCCCUUGGGCAAUCAGUUAUGUCUAUUUUUUGGCAUAGAUGAUCUAACAAGUAUUUUACAAAUGUUGAUUGGACAUCAGCUUUGUUAAGACACUUUUACAAAGAAAGAAAAUACAUAUUGCCUCCAUCCUAACGGUUUUUUUUGUUCCAGUUGGGAACUAAACCUAUAUACAUAAAAAGGGAAUUUGCAUAGUCAGGGCAAUGUAAGUUUGGUGUCAGAUGUACAGUGCAGACAGCAAGAGGGAACAGAACUGAGCCACCAUCACUGAGAACGUUCCGUGGAGGAAGGGGACAAGCUAAGGACCCUUGAGGAGCUCACAGUCUAGUUACCAGGUUAAGUAA